AUGUCGAAAUCCAGGUUGGAGGGUAAGGUGGCGAUAGUUACCGGCGCCGCCAGUGGGAUCGGAGAGGCGGCUGCGAGAUUGUUUGCUGAACAUGGAGCCGCUGUCAUCUUGGCCGAUGUUCAGGAUGAUUUGGGCUGUCGGGUUGCAGAUUCUAUUGGCUCCGACAAAGUGGUUUACCGACAUUGUGAUGUAAGGACCGAGAAGGAUGUUCAAGAAACAGUUCAAUUUGCCCUCGACAAAUUCGGCUCCCUCCACAUCCUCUUUAGCAAUGCCGGAAUCAUAGGUCCUCAAACUAGCAUAUUGGAACUAGACCUAGAUGGGUUAGACUCGGUUCUAACCACAAAUGUUCGAGGCACAGCCGCCAGCAUCAAGCACGCGGCUCAAGCCAUGGUGUCUAAGAACAUUCGCGGCUCCAUCAUAUGCACAGCCAGCGUAGCAUCCUGCAUCGGCGGCUCGGGCCCGCAUGCUUACACAGCUUCUAAGCAUGCAGUUGUUGGACUGAUCCGAGCCGCAAGCAGUGAAUUGGGUGCCUAUGGGAUCAGAGUCAAUUGUGUCUCUCCUUAUGGCGUAGCCACGCCAAUGACUUGUAAGGCCUACGGCUUGGAGCCAGGUCAAGUUGAGGACAAUAGUUGCGCCGCCGCCAACUUGAAGGGGAUUGUACUUAAGGCAAAACAUGUGGCUGAGGCAGCUUUGUUUCUGGCUUCUGAUGAGUCGGCUUAUAUUAGCGGCCAUAAUUUGACCGUUGAUGGAGGCUUCACUGUGGUCAAUCAUAGCUUCACAGCAAUGUGA